GCAGUAUACUUUUACCUUCAGCUGCUUACGAACAAGACCGGACUUCAUCUUCAUUAGUUAUAUAAACUGUGCAUACUACUUUUAAACUUGAUUCAAGGAUAGUCGAUAAUAUUACACUUACUUACUUAAUUAAAGUUUACAGAAGGGCAAGUCUUUAUGUCUUUUGCAAUUACUGGUGCUGUUUCUGUGACCGUCGUAUUCCGUUAACCGCCACAUAGCUGCUAGACCCUUUUUUCCGCACUACAGCUUCAACGUUCAACCUCAGCCUCUAGCUCAAUUCCAUUGAAGAUACCUUGAGACUUGCGAAAAACAGCUACAGCUAAAGCUAAAGCUACAGAUCCACAAUCCCAUUGGGUGAACCUACAAAAAACAAUUUCUCGCUGAGAUACAUUUCUAUCUGUGUUUUGGAUUUUUUCGCUGGAAUUAUCUUUUUGGUAGGGCAGACAAAGCUGCUGCUGCUGCUACUGCUGCAAUACGUUCAUCGGGCUAAAAACAAAUAGUUUUAUGUUAUUUUAACUUUUUUUUUGUUGUGUUCGCCUUAAGUCUUUUGCAGACGAAAAGAGCUUAAGAGUGUGAAGAUUGUUGGCUUUGGAGUUAGUUGAGUUUUAGAUAUAUCGCGACUUACAGAUACCUUGUCUGGUUUCCGAUCGCUGGAUUUUUUUUUCUCCUUGCUUACGUUCGUCGUCGUUGUACUUCUAGUCGUAGUCGUCGUCGGCUCUGUUCUACGGUCUAAAUUGGAUUUCAAAGUAACGCGUUGGGUAAAAGGAAAAUCUCGGAGAAAAUGGUUUACUUUUUCUGUUAAUGGCUAUGAAAAAGAAAGUCUAAGGAGAUUUGCUUACUUAUAUAAGUAACUAUAUACAGAGGUACUACUUGCAUGGAAGUGCAUAUAUAUAAUAUAUUUGUUUUGUGUUAAAAGAGUAAAUAUUUAAGUGCUUUUUUGUUUUGUUGGAAAAGGAAAUAGAGGAAAAAGUGAAAAACAAACGAACAACAAAAAAUCGGUGCUAAUUACGGUAACUUGUUUCUUUUUCUGUUUUUCAAAUAUUUGUACUAGUUUUUUUUUGUUUUUGUCUGUGCUAAAGAGGUAUUGGCUUUUUGGCUUUUUUAAAAGAGCCCUCAUCACUGCGGAAAUUGUUCAAAAAUAAAAUAAACAAACAACAUACGGAAGCAAAAUGAUCCAAAGAAUAACUACGUUUUUGUUAGUUUUAACCGUGUUCUACGGAUGCAAUGGACAACAGCAACUGAAGGGUAACCAAGAGGAUCCAUGCAAGACAAAACAACGUGUUGUCAGUGACGAGGUCUAUUGCGACAGAUAUUGGGAAUGCGUCAGCAAUCAGCCCCAACUCUAUGAUUGUCCCAAUGGGCUGGUGUUUGCUGGUAAAAAUCGUGGCGUUACCGAAGGGUGCGACUAUCCAUGGAGGGCAAACUAUUGCGAGGGCAAGCAGUUGGCAAACGGACCUAUUUCAACCGAACACUGUGACUGGUUGUAUGGCAUCUUUGGACACGAGACAUCAUGUACUCGAUAUUGGACAUGCUGGAAUGGUACGGCUGCCGAACAGCUCUGCAUCGGUGGGUUACUCUACAAUGAGGCUUCGCACAGCUGUGAUUGGCCCGAGAAUGUCGAUGGUUGCCAGAAACAUCCACUCUGUAACGAGGACGCAAACGGAAAUGUUCCAUUGGGAAAGUCCUGCAAUCGUUAUUGGCAGUGCCAGGGUGGCUAUCCUCGUUUACAACGGUGUCCGGCUAUGUUGGUUUUUGACAGACAUUCACUGAGGUGUGUUGUUCCACCAACAUCGGAGUGUGAUGUCCCAACAACACAAACACCCAUUGAUGGUGAAGAGCUUCAGGAUGAUGGUGCACCAAGGAGUUCCACUUCAACAAAACAGGACGAACAAGAAAGACAGCUGGCAAAUGAAGGUGUCCCACCGCUGCCUCUUCAAGGAAAGAAUUUUCAACGUGCAAGAAAUUAGAAAGAACGAACAAAAAAAAAACAAAAAACA